GAGAACCAAUCAUGGCAAAACCUGGUGGCUGCUUCGCUAGUAUGGUACUUCACGUCUUUGAUCCAGCGGUUACACUGCACUCUCGAUGACAGCUCGUUCUUAGCGUGAGACUUUGAGAUACUGCAACUCACCUGUAUACAUGUCAAGAACCCUUGUACUCAUUAUCUCAUCUCCUCAAGCAAACCACGACUCUUACGCCAAAACGUGCGCGUCCAGAAAUACAUCUCUCCUAUACAACAAAACACGCCAUGGCAUGAUUGGUCUGUGUUAUCUGAACCCACGCCAUCGAAUAUACGUUUUACACCGCUCUUCUUCUACCCCGGUUUUCUUACGCUCCGCUCUCGUCGCAUUCGCCAUCGCUGCUAUACCGGUGUCUCUUUUUUGCCCUCGAAUUAUGCAUGUAUUGACGUUGAGAGGUCAAAACUCCUUUCAUUGCCGUCUUGCUGCUUGGCGUGAGGGGAUGCGUGUUUUGCAAACGCGACUAAAAAGCCCUUACGUGCGAGAUGAAAAUGCUGAAACAACCACCCACUUUUGCUUUCCUUCCCAAAAGCCAAACACGAACAGAGACAGAGUUUCACAACAGUAAGAAGUGGGAGAAAGAGGAAGCACCGUUGUGAAAGUUUAAACGCAAUCUGAGACACGUCGCUCCCCCC